CAACAACAUGAUUGCAUUGACGAUGAUGAAGAUAUUACAGCCUCAUUGGCUGCUAUGAAUCUCACCAUUGGUGAUCAAAUUCAAGAAUUGAGUAAACGUCUCAAUAACAUCAAUGAAGAGCUACAACAACAGGUGCGAGACAAACAUGGAGCCCUCCUUCAACAAGCGACACAUGCCGGCCGAUUUGAUACAGCACUCAAUUCCCUGGCUGAUGAUGUUCAACAGAUACGUUCAAGUGGUUAUCGCCUGCGGCAACAGGUCGACAGCCAAUUUCAAUUAAUUGAAAAUCGUACCAAAGUAUUGGCACGACUUCAUGAAUUGUCACAUCUGUUAAGAUCCUCGAAAACCCUACUGACUUUGACAACAAAAUUGAAGGCGACAAAGGAUGUUUUAAAACAAGCUGAGCUGCAUUAUGAACUAAAUGAAUUGAUCGAAGAUCCGGAUAUGAAGAAAAUUGAAUUUGUUCAAGCUGCCCGGAAUUAUGUCAUUAAUUCGAAACAGAAGAUACGCAAUUUGACGCAGAUGCAAUUGGUCACGGGUUUGCAGGAAAGAAAUGAACAGCAAGUUUGCAAUGCUCUGAAGAUUUUCAUGAACUUCAAUACCCUGGAGACAUCUAUGGAUAAUUUAAUUACCACCUUCAUAUCGGAUUUGGAGCAGGCUCUCAAGGAGUGUUUUGCCGGCAAUGAUAUAUCGGUAUUGAGUAAAAAUGAUCCGAAUAACAAAUCACUGAGUGGUUCACCAAAAUCUUCAACAUCAGCGAUGAGAGGUCCCGGCAAAACACCCCAACUAACAACAACACAAAAUUUCCGGGCAAAAUUUUGGAAAUCUCUACACUGGCUUAUUUAUGAUGAACUCUAUGAAUAUUGCACCCAAGUGCUGCUGCUAAACAAGGCUUUGGAACAGGUUCAGCUAGGUGGUAUUUCAAUCUCUCAGAAGGGAGAAUAUUUGGUACAAUCGCAAUUUUGGCAAGCAACACAAGAACUGAUGCGCAAAUAUUUUACCGAUUGUCCAGCCCACAUUACCCAAACGUUACAGGAGGGCCUUUCGAAAUUGUUGAGCUCCGUUCGUGGCUUUGAGGAGCGGGUGAAUCGAGAAUUUCUCUUCGAUGAACAGCUAUUUAUUCCCCUCGAAGUGGGUUAUAUAUCGAAAUGCGGGGCAAAUAUGAAAGCCUGUUUGGCUGGGGUUGAUUUGCCCAACAAUGAGACGGUGGAUAAUUUCAUUCGGGUCGCAGCCACGGAAUUGAGUAAUGCCCUGGUGGACGCACGUUUGAGUAACUCGGUUGCAGCGGUGUUCAUAUCAUGUAGCAAAGAUUUUUGCACCAAAUUGGAAUCGCAAAUCAAAUUGGGUCCCGAUUCGGUGCAAGUGGUGGAUAUGCCAAAUACCCAACAGAUUCAGAAUACGUUGUUGGCCAAUAUUUUGUACUACUUCAAAGAUUCCGUAAGGCGUAUGCUAAGAGAUUUGGGCCAGCAAUUGGAUCGAACUCAAUCGUCGGCUAAACAGGAUAUCACGAAGUCCCUGGAACAAGCAGAUCUUUUGAUAACCACAAUUCUGCAGCAGAUUAUGGAUUCCAUUAUAUCAACCAUAAAUAUUAUCAUCCUGAGUAUACAUCGUGAGCCGGGUCUAAAUUCGGAGAAAAUUUCCACAGCCGGCCCCUCAAUGUAUAUGAAGGAGUUGCAGGAAUUUAUACAACGUGUAUGGGCGAAUCACAUCUCCGCCUAUGAAGAUGGGGAGAUUGUCACCAAAUGUGCCUGCGAAGUGGCCAAACGUUGCAUCGAUUUCUUUAUACACAAUUUGAGCAUUUUAAGGCCGUUAAGUUAUGCCGGCCGGCAAAGAUUGAAAAACGAUUGCAACCACAUGGAGAAUGCCCUGAAGCCGCUGUGCAGUAACAUCUCCGAAUUGGGCAAUUCGGCACGUAUGCUAAGAGCCAUGUCAUUCUUGAUCAUACAAAAUCCCUCGGAAUUGAUUAAGCAGAAUAUUGGUGCGGAUUCCCUCGUGCCAUCGUAUAUAAUUCUAUUGCUAUUAUUUGGCUAUGGUGGGACGGAAUUGCAAUCGCCCCAUACCACAGUUAAUUGGUCAAAUGAGCGAUUAAUUGAAUGGCUUGAGGGUCACAGUGAACGGGAAAAACUUGAACUAAUAUCGGGAGCUCUGCAACGUUACCGGGACAGUGUUCGCCGCAAGAAGAGUGAACAAUACGAUGAGGUGUAUCCCCUAAUGGUGGAGUUUUUUGAAAAGGCUUCAAAGGUGGAUAAUUAA